AAGAAGUUUUGAAACCACCAAACACUCUCCACAGCCUUUCGAUCGUGUCCCCAAACGAAACCCUAGCAAGCAAUUUCUUCCUCGAAUCCUAGAGUCUGCUUUCGCACUAGGAUCCUCUCUCUCUCUCUCUCUCUCUCUCUCUCUCUCUCUCUUCGAACCUGCAAAAUCUUGGAUGCAAUUCUCCUCUCUCUUUAGUAGCAAGUGAAAAUGGAGGUGAAGGAAAAAGAUGAAGUGCUAGAGAAAAAGGAGGAUACUGUCGAGGCCAAAGAGGAUGAGAUGGAUAUAAUAAUAACUGAAGAAAGAAUGGAGGCGAAGCUUGACGAGGUGAAAGCAAGAGAUGAAAGGGGGGAGCAAAAUGAUGUACUGAUGGAAGAAAUCAACAAUCAGGCUGAGCAAAAAGAUGUACUGAUGGAAGAAGACAACAAUCAGGCUGAACUAAAAGAUGAGGAGAUGCAAGAUACUUCUAGUAGAUCUGAAAGUUCUGAUUUCAAUUCAGACGAAGAUGAACAAUUCCUGCCGGGGCGUGAUGAUGAGUUGGAUUUUGAGAAACCUCUGAGCGAGGAAGAAAUAGAAGAGUUAAUUUCAGAUCUUCUGGGAGUUGAGAGCAAGGCUGCAGAAGCUCAAGAAGCACUUGAAAAGGAGUCUCUUUCUAAGGUAGAGAGUGAAGUUAGGGAGGAAUUAGCACAAGCACUCCGUGGUGAUGAGUUGGAUGAAGCUGUUGCUGCUGAAAUGAUGACUUUUAAAGACGAAUGGGAGGCAAAUCUUGAUGAGCUUGAAACAGAAAGUGCACACUUAUUGGAGCAACUUGAUGGUGCUGGAAUCGAGCUUCCAAAAUUGUACGAAAUGAUAGAAAGUCAAGCCCCUAAUGGUUGCUAUACUGAAGCUUGGAAACAAAGAGCCCACUGGGUUGGUACUCAGGUGACAAAAGAAACUGGGGAAUCAUUAGCUAACGCUGAGAGGUUUCUUCAAACUCAUCGGCCUGUCCGAAAACGACAUGGAAAACUUUUGGAGGAGGGAGCUAGUGGUUUUCUGGAGAAAAAGUUUGCUGAUGGUGAUAUUAAAGAAUCUCUAGCUGGAACAUCUGAGCUUGAAUGGUCGUCUCUAAACAAAGUGUUUUCGGAAAAAAGGGACGAGUCGAUUUCCUUUGGUAGUAAGCAUUGGGCUUCUGUUUACUUGGCAAGCACUCCACACCAAGCUGCAGCCAUGGGAUUAGAAUUUCCAGGAGUCAAUGAGGUGGAGGAAAUUGAAGAGAUUGAUGCAAGCUUGGCAGACCCAUUUUUAGCUGAUGCAAUUGACAACGAAAGAGAACUUGCCCUUACUGAAGAACAAAAGACUAACUAUAUAAGGGUCAAAGAAGAGGAUGAUAUAAAUUGUGACCGUGAACUUCAACUUCGUUUGAAACGGAAGAGACGCAAGAAAAGAUCUAAACAGGUUAUCAGGUGUGCGGCAGAGAAUAUGGAUGACGAUUCUGUGUAUUUGGAUGGGAAUUACAUUGCCCCAAAUUUUGCCAAAGAUCAAGUGAAAAGUCCGGAGACUAGCACUCAAGUUCAUAGUAAUGAAGUCAACAAAGAGGGAAACGGGAAUUUGUCUAAUUCAGAUGUAGAUAAGAUGGUCUCCAGCCCAAAUAUAAAUGUAGAUACCAUGAGAGAUGAUUCACAGAAUCCAGCAAACAGUUUUAUGUGUACUGCCUGUAAUAAUGUAGCUGUGGAAGUGCAUAGUCAUCCCCUUUUAGAAGUAAUAGUUUGCAUGGAUUGCAAACGUUCAAUUGAAGAUAGAGUUUCUAAGGUUGAUGACUCUUUGGAACGUCAUUGUGAAUGGUGUGGUCAUAUUGCUGACUUAAUAGAUUGUAGGACGUGCGAAAAACUUUUCUGUGCAUCAUGUAUAAAAAGGAAUAUUGGUGAAGAAUACUUGGCUGAAGCUCAGUCCUCUGGUUGGGAUUGUUGUUGUUGCUCUCCAAUUCCCUUGCAAAGAUUGACACUGGAACUGGAGAAAGCCAUGAGAGAUAAAAAGUCAAUAGAAUCGAGCUCUGAUUCGAGUUCUGAUUCCAGCUCUGACAACAAUUCUGUUGAUACAGACGCUGACGUCAAUGUAACAAUCAGCUCAAAGAAGAAAUCGAAAAAGAAAAUUCGGCGGAUAAUCGAUGAUGCUGAACUAGGGAAAGAUACGAGAACAAAAAUUGCAAUUGAAAAGGCACGUCAGGAGCGCCUUAGGUCCUUACAGUUUUCUGCCAGAUACAAAACAAUUAGCUCUAUGGGAGACGUGAAAUCUAUUCCAGAAGGUGCGGAAGUUGAAGUUCUUGGUGAUGCUCACAGUGGUUACAUAGUGAAUGUGGUUAGGGAGAUUGGUGAAGAAGCUGUGAGAGUUCCUCGUAGCAUAUCUGCCAAACUUAAAGUCCAUCAGGUAACAGGGAUAAGAUUUAUGUGGGAAAAUAUUAUUCAGUCUAUCAGCAGAGUGAAGUCUGGUGAUAAAGGUCUUGGUUGCAUUCUAGCACAUACAAUGGGCCUGGGUAAAACUUUUCAGGUUAUAGCGUUCCUGUACACUGCAAUGAGAUGUGUUGAUUUGGGGUUGAAAACUGCUCUUAUUGUGACUCCUGUAAAUGUGUUGCACAAUUGGCGAAGUGAGUUUGUGAAGUGGGGGCCUUCAGAAGUGAAACCACUUCGCAUUUUCAUGCUUGAAGACGUUUCAAGGGAGAAGAGAUUGGACUUGCUAAAAAAGUGGCGAAAUAAGGGUGGAGUCUUUUUGAUGGGAUAUGCAAAAUUUAGAAACCUGUCUCUUGGGAAGGGGGUGAAGGACUUAAAUGCGGCCAGAGAGAUCUGUAAUGCCUUGAGGGAUGGACCUGAUAUACUUGUUUGCGACGAGGCUCACAUCAUUAAGAACACCAGGGCUGACACAACGCAAGCAUUGAAGCAAGUUAAAUGCCAGAGAAGAAUUGCCUUAACUGGCUCACCCCUUCAAAACAAUCUCAUGGAGUAUUAUUGUAUGGUUGAUUUUGUGAGAGAAGGAUUCUUGGGAAGUAGCCCUGAGUUUAGAAACCGCUUCCAAAAUCCAAUAGAAAACGGACAGCAUAUGAAUUCAACUGCGGAGGAUGUAAAAAUUAUGAACCAGAGGUCACACAUUCUGUAUGAGCAAUUGAAAGGUUUUGUGCAAAGAAUGGAUAUGAAUGUGGUAAAAAAGGAUCUGCCACCUAAAACAGUCUUCGUAAUAUCUGUCAAGCUAUCUCCCUUGCAACGGAAAUUGUAUAAGAGAUUUCUUAAGCUUUAUGGGUUCAGCGAUGGAAGAACAGAUGAAAGGAUGAGAAAAAACUUUUUUGCUGCUUACCAGGUCUUGGCUCAGAUUUUGAAUCAUCCAGGGAUUCCGCAAUUAAGAAGUGAAGAUAGCAAGAAUGGGCGCCGUGGUAGCAUUGUUGAUAUUCCAGAUGACUGUUCAAGUGAUGAAAAUAUAGACUACAACAUGGUUACAGGAGAGAAACAGAGAACUAUGAAUGAUUUUCAGGAUAAAGUUGAUGGAUACCUCCAGAAGGAUUGGUGGGUCGACCUACUUGAAAAAAAUAAUUAUAAGGUGUCGGACUUUAGUGGCAAAAUGAUUCUGCUAUUGGAUAUUUUAUCCAUGAGUGCUGAUGUGGGGGAUAAGGCGCUUGUGUUUAGCCAGAGUAUCCCGACAUUGGAUCUCAUAGAACUUUAUCUUUCAAGAGUACCUCGGCAUGGGAAACAAGGAAAGUUCUGGAAAAAGGGAAAAGACUGGUAUAGAAUUGAUGGAAAAACCGAAAGCUCAGAACGCCAGAAGUUGGUUGAUAGGUUUAAUGAGCCUGACAACAAAAGGGUAAAAUGUACACUAAUUUCAACCAGAGCGGGAUCCCUUGGAAUUAAUCUUUAUGCUGCUAACCGUGUGAUCAUCGUUGAUGGUUCAUGGAAUCCAACCUAUGAUCUUCAAGCUAUAUUUCGAGCUUGGAGGUAUGGCCAAAAGAAGCCAGUAUUUGCGUACAGAUUGAUGGCACGUGGGACUAUUGAAGAAAAAAUAUAUAAACGUCAGGUGACCAAGGAAGGGCUAGCUGCGAGAGUAGUGGAUAGACAACAAGUGCACAGGACAAUCUCCAAAGAAGAGAUGUUACAUCUUUUUGAAUUUGACGAUGAUGAUGAGAAAUCCGACGCUGUAACUGAGAUAAGCAAGCAAAAUGAAGCGGCACAAAGCAAUCUGGUUGAUAAUUCACAGAAACAGAAGGCCACUUUAUCUCGUGUUGGUUGCGACAAAUUGAUGCAGAACUUACUACAGAGACACGGCCCGAACUGGAUUUCCAGUUUCCAUGAGCACGAGACAUUGCUACAAGAGAAUGAAGAAGAAAGACUGACAAAGGAAGAAAAAGACAUGGCCUGGGAAGUUUACAGGAGAGCGCUUGAGUGGGAGGAAGUUCAACGGGUCCCACUCAGCGAAUCUCCAGUGGUUCCAAAACCUUCUCCUUCCAUACAAACAGAACCCUUACCCCAGCCAAAGGGGUUCAACAGAAGUCGUUUUGUGAACCGCAACUGCACUAGAACCGCGCACCAGCUUACACUCAUAAGCCAAGGAAGAAAAAUUGGUAGCAGCACGGUCUGUGGGGAGUGUGGGCGCAUCUUAAGGUGGGAAGAUGUUAUACCCGCAUCCAAACUUUCAGCGGUAAACUAAAUAGUAUAUGAACAUUGCAAAAUUGGUGAGUUCAUUUUUCCUUUUUAAAAAAAAAUCUGAGACUGAAGCCAAAAUUAAUGGGAAAUAGUAACAUUUGAGACUCCCUUUAGAUUAUUGAUGAGUUAGAUUAUAGUUCCAUUGCCGAGAACAAAUCAGGGCGUUUGUUAGGGGGUCGGCAUCUAAUCAUGCUGAAACUUGUGUCAUGUUGAAAUUUGUAAUGGCACCUUGUUUCGAGAUGAAUAUAGAACUUUCAAAA